AUGGGGGGGUGGCUGGGUCGGGUGUCUCUGGGUGACGCCUGGUACAACAUGUACUCCCGCCUGCUGAGGACCAAACCGGUGGGCUCCAUGGCUCACAGCUCCGAUGACCUCACCGAGCUGGCAGAGGGCUCGACAGUCGGACUGGCGAAAGUUCUGACCACUGUGGACCUGGUGUCACUUGGGGUGGGCAGUUGCGUCGGGACAGGGAUGUAUGUGGUUGCUGGGCUGGUCGCCAAGGCGAUGGCAGGGCCAGGGGUCAUCCUCUCCUUCAUCAUUGCAGCGGUGGCAUCAAUAUUGUCUGGCGUGUGCUACGCAGAGUUUGGUGUCCGGGUCCCCAAAACCACCGGCUCGGCGUACACCUACAGCUAUGUAACAGUUGGAGAGUUUGUGGCGUUUUUCAUUGGGUGGAACCUGAUCCUUGAGUACCUGAUCGGCACAGCGGCGGGGGCAUCGGCUCUCAGCAACAUGUUUGACUCUCUGGCCAAUCACAGCAUCAGCAACUACAUGAUAACACACCUGGGCACGCUCAGAGGACUCGGUAAAGGCGAGGACACAUACCCGGACAUAUUGGCCCUAUUCAUCGCCCUGCUGGUCACAGUGAUCAUUGCGCUCGGCGUGAAGAACUCUGUAAAGUUCAAUAACAUCCUGAACGUGGUCAACCUGGUGGUGUGGGUCUUCAUGAUCAUCGCCGGACUAUUUUUCCUGUCAGCAAGUAACUGGGAGGGCGGAAAUUUUCUGCCAUAUGGCUGGUCGGGGGUGAUGCAAGGAGCAGCAACAUGUUUCUACGCCUUUAUCGGCUUUGACAUCAUUGCAACGACAGGAGAGGAGGCAAAAAACCCAAACACCUCCAUCCCUUACGCCAUCACCGUCUCACUGGUCACCUGCCUCACUGCCUAUGUGUCGGUGAGUGUGAUCCUUACCCUCAUGGUUCCCUACAACCUGAUCGACGGAUCAGCUCCUCUCAUGGAGAUGUUUGCUGUGCACGGUUUCAUGUGGGGGAAAUACACUGUGGCUGUUGGCUCCAUAGCUGGACUCACCGUCUCUCUGCUGGGCUCUCUGUUCCCAAUGCCCAGGGUCAUCUAUGCCAUGGCCCGAGAUGGACUGCUGUUCAGGUUUCUGACACACGUGUCAUCUCUCACACACACUCCUGCCGUGGCAUGUGUGGUGUCGGGAAGCUUGGCGGCCAUCCUGGCUCUCCUGGUGAGCCUCAGGGACCUGAUCGAGAUGAUGUCCAUCGGUACGCUCCUGGCUUACACUCUGGUCAGCGUGUGUGUCUUAUUACUGCGCUACCAGCCUGAUGAACAGACUGACACACACCAGUUUAACUCGGAGGACGAUGUGGACCACUUGAAGUAUCAGGAUGGGGAACCCACCAUAGGCGACCAUGUCCUGAUGGAAGGGACGGAUCGUGAUGGGCCUUCCUAUCAUGGUGGGGGGACUGAAGGGGAGGUAGACAGCUCUGAGUUCCACACAGGCCACGCCCCCUUGUUGAAAAGGCUUCUGGGAGGUCAUUACUACACCCUGAGGGUUCGGCUGGGAAUACCAGAUUCGUCAGCACGUCCCACCCCCACUACGGGUCGCAUUGUGACCAGAUGCACCCUCUCCUUCUUCUUCAUGUCCUUCUUCCUCUGGUCCACCAUCAUCUUUGGAGUUGAGCAGGGCUCUGGGGCAGGGGCGGUGGUUUCAGGCCUGAUGGCCACACUGAUGAUGGGAUCCUUGGUGAAGCUUUUGAUUCUGAUUGUACAACAACCAGAGAGCACACGGAGGCUGCCCUACAUGGCACCCUGUGUGCCCUUUGUUCCUGCGGUGGCCAUAUUGGUCAACAGCUACCUCAUGCUCAAGUUGUCUUCCCUCACCUGGGCCAGGUUCACCAUCUGGUGUCUCAUAGGUCUGCUGAUCUACGUUUGUUACGGUGUUUGGCACAGCACCCUGGAGCUGAGCGCCCGUGAGCAGCAGGCCCACGCCAGCUCCUACCGGCGCUACGAUGACAACCUGGACGAUACCUUCUCCCCCGAAGAUGACCUUGAACCCAAGGAGCAGGAUGAUGGACCCUACCAGGGUUGGUCUGCACCGGAGGAGAGGGGUUAUCGCCACCAGAACCAGCAGCAGAACCAGAACGAGGACUACGAAGAGGAGCAGCAGCAGAGUCAGAAUGGAGACCAGUCUGGGUACCAAUCUGGAGGAGGAGUUCAGUAUCCAAGUGGAGGCAGCAGGUCCAAGGGAAGGACCAACUUUGGGUUUGAUGAGGACGACUGAAUUUAGGAUUUUGGCUUUAUCCUCCCUCUGGAGAACUCCAUCUAAAAUCUGGAAGAGUUGAUCAAACUUUGGAAUUUGGUAUCAAAUGAAGCAA